UACAUAAUAAUAUCGCAAGUGCCAAGUCUGUACUCUGUAAUAAAUUCAAAUAUAUAAAAUUAAAAUGUAUUAAAAAGUAUAUAGUGUUAUUAUUUUAAUGUUGCAAUGAAUAUAUCAAACGAAAUUGAAUUGGGACUGAAACGUUUGUGCAAUCCAGCACUAAUAAACGAUAAAUGUUUCCAAAUUUUACUGCGAAAAGCUGAAAAAAGACUAGGGACGUUGUUGGACGAUGAUCCUUUAGAACAAAUUACAGAUGAUGGUAAGAAUGAAUUCAUAAAAUGUAUUAAUUUGAAUAGAUAAUAAAUGUAUUAGAGUUAAUACUUUUAUUUUUAACUAUAAUUUUAAUGUACAAUAUAUAUAUUUAUAUACAUAAUAUUCAAUUUUAAUUAAAAUUAGUUUACUCAAAAAUGUAAUUUAUGUUUCUAAUUUUCUUUGAACCCUUAGAAUUUCUUUAAAAUUACCAUUUUAUGAUUUAAUCACCAUUCUUUUGGUACCCACAAUAACCGUAAAAUCCUAGAAAGUAAAAACUUGGACGAUACAAAUCAGGAAUAUAAAAUUGUAUGACUGAGAAAUACUUGAACAUUUAACACAAAGUUGUUUUAAAUAUUAAAUUCCAAAUUUAUACCUUCCAGAUUUUUUACAGAUUUAAAAAUUUUACAUUCCAGAUUUGUACAGUCCAAGUUUUUUUUGUGGACCCACACAAUUUUAGACAAUUUCAGUUUUUAUGAGAAAUAUUGAAAUGGCUGAAUUUUUAAUAAUAAUAAAAGUUAAAUAGUUUUGAAUUAUACUCUACAAUUAUGUAUUCAAAAUUAAAUUAGAGAAUUAUCUAUCGCUGAUUAUAUUAGUCCUAAAUGUAGGUAUAACUGUAUAAUACAUAAUGUCUUAUUAUUCAAUAAUUUUAUUUAAAUUAUUGAAAUAAAUAUUAAAAUACAUGAAUACCAAAUAGGUAUGAUAAAACACAUUUAUAAUAUUUUAUUAAAAAAAGAAACUGUCAGCACAUGCUUCUGUUAUUCAUAAUAUGUACAGGCAAUGCCAAAAUAUGAGCAUGUAAAAGUCUUAUGUAAUAACUAAGGCUAGGAUAUAUAUGCAUUUGCAUGUUUAUUUUCCUCAAGUCUAAAUUGAUUGGUUGUUAGAUAUGUCCACGAUUUAACUCAUUCUUGAUAAAAUAUAACCUUUUUUUUUUCGCAUAUUUUGUAUAUAAUACAUAUAAUUCCGUAUUUAUAGAUGUUUGAGAAGUCUUGUUCAUUUUAUUAAUUUUUAAACUAAAAUUUUAUAAUAUUUUUAAUUUAAAAUGGUAUUUAUUUAAUAUUACUGGGUUAUUUUUGAAUUGUCGUAAAUAAGUAUAUUUACUACAUAUCUAAUCUUAUCUUGAUAACUAGAUGGGGAACAUGAUUCAAUGCAGUAUAAUAUUAUUAAAAUAAUUUUGAUACAAUAAAAUUUGUAGUAUCACAUUUAGACAACGAAGCAGAAUCAAUUAAAAAAUCAAAACAUUUGUUUGAAGACAAACAUUUAAAAAAUAAUUUAGCUUGUUUAUUGUUUUCUCACCAAAUCAAUUAUUAACCUAAAAAAAAAUACACUAUCUCUUAAUGAUAGCUUAAAAAUUAUUUUAAAUGUGAAAGAUAUACUGUAUAAAUGUAAUGGGAGAGUAGCAGAAUUUAUUGGUAAAAACUAAAAUGGACUUGGUACUAAAGAAUAAGAAGUUCAAAACACCUUUAAAAAUGUGUAGCAUUAUAAAUGGUGAAUAUGAAACAGAAGAAGUCAAGAAGAUGUUAAUAACUUAACAUUACUUUAACUGUGAUCCAAUAAUAUCGUAUGACGUUGAAAGGAGUUUGAGUCAAUACAAAUCUUGUCUAUAUUCAAACAAAUAUUAUUAUAAUAGCAUGUAAUAAAUAAUAAAAUAAUUAUAUAAACUAUAUAAAUAUAUAAAGGUUUAUAAUAUUCUAUUUAAAUAUUUAAUGUAUUAAUAACAAGUUAUAAUAAAUAAUACAAAUUUGUUUUUGCAUAUUUUGGUAAAUCAAAUGCAUAUUUUACAAGAUUUUAUUGCAUAUUAAUCCUAGCCCUAGUAAGAACUAAAUAAUUGUCAGUUAAUUUGUAUUUUUUUUUUUCCAGAAUCUGCCAUAACAUCUAAACUAGACAUUUCUAAAGAAGCAUAUGCUUCACUGGUGACUUUGUAUACAAUCGCUAGUCGACAUUGUUUAGAUGGGCCGUCACUGGAUCAAAGUCUGCAAACACUGGUGUUGGCUAACACAGAUCGUGUACCAGAAAUAAUUAAAACCUAUGAAUCUGUUAGUCCUCGACUUAUGCAAGUUUGUGAGAUGACCACCACCUCUUUGGCAAAUGUAGUCGAUGUCGAAUGCCGCCUUGAUUACUGUGUACAGGUAAGUACCAUAAUCUUUUUAGGUAAAAAUAUUUUAAAUUUCAAUAAUAUUGACAACAAAUUAAAACUAUUAAAGUUUAAUCUAUCAUUCACAAUAUUUAAAAAUUAUUGUCGUAUCACAUUAUUAUAUAAGUAUGUAUCUUAAACGAAUUUCAUGUUAAUUUAAAUACAUAUACUUUUUUUUUGAUUAAUUAACAAUUUAAUGUCAGUCAAUUUUAAAUUACAUCUAAAAAAAUAUAUACAAUUAUCAUCAAAAAAAAAGGUGAUGCAUUUAUAUAAUAUCACUAUUACAUAUAAUAAUAUAAAUUUUAUAUUUUUAGUCUAGUGUUUUUGAUGACGUAUCUGAAUUCUUAUAUAAAGUGCGGCUGAAGACAAUCGAUAAUGGCACAAUAAAAUAUAUUGAUUUUGUCUGCAAUCCACAGCAACUGCAAGAACUGGUAUUCAAGUUAAAAGACGCAGUUCGGCAUAUUGAAAAAAUUGCCUCCUCGGCUAGUUAAGGUUUAAUAAAUAUUUUAUCACAUAUAAUAUAUAUAUAUAUAAUAUUAUGUAUUUGCUCAUUCCUAAUCUAUUACAGUCUUAUUGUAUAUUUUUAAUUUUUAAUUAUUAUUUCUGUAAAAAAUUUAACGAAAUAACAGUUUAAAUAGGUAAUUCUUGGUUUCAAAAAUAAAAUAAAAUACACAUAUAACUACAUCAAAUAUUUAACAAAAAAAAACUUGAUAAAAUGAAAACAACGAAAAAAUAAAUUUUAGAAUGUAUGCAUAAAAACGUAUAAAUACUUAUGAUAGCAAUAAUAAAUUAUUUUUUCGUCUGACGAUCAUAAAUUGCAACUUUAUAAGCUUCGUUAAUUUUCUCUAAAGCUAUAAACGUUAAAACAGUGUGAGGUCCAAUUCGUGCAAAAUACGGUAUGAUGCCUUUCCAUAAAUUGAAAAAUCCUUCAUUCUUCACAACUUUGGCCAUUGCAUUUAUUGUACCAGUAUAUUCUGGUACUCCAUUAAUUAUUUUCAUGCUUUGAAUUCUUAAAUAACGAAAAAAUAUAAUAUUCAAUUAUUAUUAUAUACAUUCAAUAUUAUUAAUUAUAUUUAAUUAAUAAUUAUUUAUACCUUGUUUUGGCAAUAUCCACUGGCAGUGAUGCUAAGGUAGUAAUAGCACCUGAGGUCAUUGAAGAAGCAAAAUGAAGAACGAUGUUGUCUUGAAAAUAACCUAAAACAUACAUUUGAUGUCAAUUAUCAGUUAAAUAAAUCUU